CUGGAAUCUUGUACCAGCAAGAGACCAGUCUCUGAAAGGUGGGGAAGAAGCCUGUCUGGGUAGGAGACUCAGAUCCUGGCUUUGGAAGCAGGAAUGGCACAGACCUUAAUGAACAAGAUCAGCACUUGGUUAAUUGCUCCCCGAAUAGGAUUUCCAGUCUCCAAAGCUCAUGUGCUCUCCUGGGUGGAGCGAAGGGAAUACCAGCAGAUCCCGGAUCUCCAGGGCUGUGAGGAAGGGGAGAUCAUCAGUGACGCCCACACAGGUGAUGGGAUGCUGAAUGAGAACAGUGAGAGGAGUCUUCAGGAGGAAGGACCUGAGCAAAUGGCUCCAUGUGGGGUGUUAACGGGAAGAUGUGAAGGGCAUGUUUCUCAGAGUCAUGAGCAAGUAGAGACUUGUGAGAGUCAGCAUAAAAUACAAAGGCAGCAAGAAAACCAUCCAGGAGCAGGACAGGAUAAAUCCAGUCACGGGAGGAGAAGGGUGAAAACAAACACAGAAACUGUUCAAAAGAAAAUCCCCCAUCAACAUUCACCUUGUGCUUGCAGUGACUGUGCAACUCUUAUUAAACAUGAAAGAGUCCAAACAGGAGAGAAACCCUUCAGCUGCUCUGACUGUGGGAAAAACUUCAGUCAGAGCUCAAAGCUUCUUAGACAUAGGAAAACCCACAUGUGAGAAACCAUUCAGCUGUUCUGACUGUAGGAAAUGCUGCACUCAGAGGUCACACCUUGUUAUCUAUGGGAACUCUCACAGGAGAUUAAUCCUUCAACUGCUCUAACUUUGGGAAAUGCUAUAGCGAGAGUUCAAGCCUUGUUGCACAUAGUUGAACCCACACAGGUGAGAAACCCUAUAGUGGUGGUGAGCAAAAUUUUCUCUCUUGGCACAGUCCAGCCUGCCUAAGGCUUUGAUC